GGACUGUUUGAAGACAUUGGGGAAGGUCUGAUACACAGUCGCUUGGUUGUGGUCUGUAUGUCUGACCAAUACGCAGCUUCUGACACCUGUGCCAAGGAGUUUCGUUAUGCCGUCAAAGUCCUGAAACUGCCAGUUGUAUUGGCAGUGGUUGGAACAGGGAACAAGUGGAGAGCUUCUGAGGUAAGUCUAAUUGUUGGGAAGAAAUCUUCAACUCCUGGUUCCUUUUACUCCCAAUCUCUUUACAUCAGACCAGUCAUAUUAGUUUGCUUCCCACCAAAGUGGGCCAUAAUGAUGCCAAUGUGUACAACAAUAAUUUUUAUAAAAUAAGUAAUGAAAAGUCAUUUGCAUGUAAUUAAAAAAUGACUUUUAAGGGUGAAUUUACCUGAUUAAAAUUAGUGGAAUAAUGGAACCAAUGUGUUUGAUAUAUUUAAUAAUUUGAAUAUUGAAGAAAAAUCUAUGCACAGUAGGUGAUUCUGUGAUGGAUUUAUUUUAUGUUGGGUGAAGGGGGCUAAGUUAUAUCUGGCCCUGGUUGCCUUUAAAUAUAGUUUUGGUGCUGAUAGAUGCACUGCCCCAAAACAAAUGGUCUGAAAGGGACACUGCCCACUGCAUGCACAGUCUUACAUUGUCUACUGCCCCAACCAUGACAGUUAUUCCAAAAGUGCAGUUUUGAAAUUAUUAACAGCAUUAGGAAAUCCCCCCCCCCCACACACACACACACAUACGUUUUCCACAGGACAAGCAGUGUCCUCAAAAUGGCUAUUAGCAAGAUAUUGCCCUGGUUAAAUGUAUUUAUUUAUUUUCUGCCCACUCCAUGCACAGUCUUACAUUGUCUACUGCCCCAACCAUGAAAGUUAUUCCAAAAGGGCAGUUUUUAAAUUAUUAACAGCAUUAGGAAAUCCCCCCCCCCCCACACACACACACACACAUACGUUUUCCACAGGACAAGCAGUGUCCUCAAAAUGGCUAUUAGCAAGAUAUUGCCCUGGUUAAAUGUAUUUAUUUAUUUUUUUUAAGCUACCAGGUAUUUAAAAUGCAUGAAAAAAAAAAUCCUAAAAUAUUUUUUGACAAAUGCAUCAACAUCCAUGUCUGAUUGCAUCAACUCCCAUGAAAUAUUAUAGCCAGGAAUGUUGUCAUUCAACUGUCAUGUCAUUUUGUAUCUAUGACUUUUGCCACUCACCUGUCAUGUCAUGUUGUAGCUAGGAAUUUCUUCACUCAGUGGUUGACUCACAUUGUAUCUAGGAAUGUUGUCACUCAAAUGUCAUGUCAUGUUGUAGCUAGGAAUUUUUUCACUCAGUGGUUGACUCAUAUUGUAUCUAGGAAUGUUGUAACUCAGCUGUCAUGUCAUAUUGCAGCUAGAAAUGUUGUCACUCAGCUGUCAUGUCAUAUUGUAGCUAGGAAUGUUGUCACUCAACUGCCCCCUGGUGAGUUUCCAAGAGAGAAGUGACAGUGCACUGGACAAGCUGGUGAGGGAGGUUGGGAACUUUCUGCCCAAAGGGGUUCCUCUAAAAGAGAGCGAAGAAGAGAGAAGAAAGAGAGAGAAAGAUGAGACGAACAAACUCAUUCAAGAACAGCAGCGACUGUCGUUUCAGGUAUUCAAGAAUACAUUGCUUUAGCUGGAUAUAUUAAAUCUGGUUGUUGGACAUUUGUAAAUGGCAUGUUUUUAGUUCACCACCUAAGACAGGAUCCAUGAACAUUUAAUACAGUGUAAAUACAAUGUAAAUGCACGUAAAUAAUAUGUAAGUACAAUUUGUAAAUAAGUUGUCAAUACAGCAUGACUACAUUUUAAAUACAAUGUUUAAAUCAGUGUAAAUAUGAUGUAAAUACAGUGGGCGAUAAGAGUCAUAUCCUCAAGGUUAUUUUUUUAAUAUUCUGUAGAAAUCACAUAAUGUUGGGAGAGACAAUGUUCAAGCUGCAAUUUUUGUGACAUAGACUUACAUAAAUAAUACUAUACUAGAGUUUCAUAAUAAGAGACUUACUGUUGCAUACCAUUGAAUGGUUUUUCAAAUUUAAUCUGUUUGUCUCGUUAGAUGAACACUACGCAAAAAGGGCUGAAAACCAGUAAACAAAUAAAACUAUACCAAAGCUAAAAUAUAAACAAUAUUCAAUUUAAUGUUACUCUUAAAUCAAAUAGACAGAAAUAAAAACUAUAUUAACUUACAGCACAGCAAGUGAAGAAGUGUAACAGCAAGGGAAAAAGUGUAACAGCAAGGGAAAAAGUAUAACAGCAAGGGAAAAAGUAUAACAGCAAGGGAAGAAGUAUAACAGCAAGGGAAGAAGUGUAACAGCAAGGGAAAAAGUAUAACAGCAAGGGAAAAAGUAUAACAGCAAGGGAAGAAGUGUUAUUCUCGAAAGAUACAAAUAUUAAUACACACACACAAAGAGUAACAUCAUGUAUUGCUUCUAUAAGUCUAUUAAGUUCCGUGUCUGGGAAAUCUAGCCAAUCACUUCUGGCUUGGAAAGCUGCUGGCUUAUUUAUAAAGAGGAAGUUAGAACCCUCCAGAAAAGAAAUUCUAGAAAUAGCAUCAUGAUAGCAUUCUUUAGAACAAAUGAGAAUAAAAAUCAAGGGAGGGGAGAGUGUGGUAGUGAGCUAUACAUUUAAUGGGUGAUGUCAAUAUCAAAACAAAACGGGUGGGGGGGGGGGAAAGGUUGAAUGCAAGGGCUUGUGGUGCGAACAAAAUCUUAUUCAACUCAUUCAAAUGAGAAUAAAAAUCAAGGGAGGGGAGAGUGUGGUAGUGAGCUAUACAUUUAAUGGGUGAUGUCAAUAUCAAAACAAAACGGGUGGGGGGGGGGGUAAGGUUGAAUGCUAUGGCUUGUGGUGCGAACAAAAUCUUAUUCAACUCAUAGACUAUAACACUUACAUUCUAAGGUUACUUACAUUCUAGAUAUCAUUAGAGACUUACAUUGUAGGGCAUCACAUUGUCACAAAAAGCUCUUAGAAUUAUCUCUUGUCUUAAAAUGAAUAAUAAAAUUGAAUUCUUUCAGGAGCUUUGUGAGUUGGCCCAACGGAAAUUUUUACGUCAAAUCAGCGAGUUUUCCGAGCAGCUGGACCCCACUCCUUAUCCUAACAUCAUUUUAGUGGAUUUUUGGGCUGAAGAAAAAAGUAAUUUGUAUGUGUGGGAAGACACAGUCCUUAGAUUUAAUUAAAGAUGGACCAAAUAUUGGUUACUGACAUUUUUAAUAAUAAAUAUCUCGUGGUCGAUAGCAUAUCUUUACCUGUUAAGCAAACUAUUAACUUGCCAGAUAGAGAUUUGACUGGCAUAUUUGUUAUAAUUUGUAUUGUUAAGGCUGAACAAUAUACAAUUAUUUUAAAACCUCAGCAAACAUGUGUUGCCUACAAAUUCAAAUUAAUAUUUUCUUGACCUUUCUGGCAUGUUUAACAGAAGAGAAGGAAGAACUAAAAUCUGGGCAGAAGACAUUACCAUCUGUAAGUAGAAGGAAGAGAUCUCAUUUGCCAAAUGGACCAACAGAUUUUUAUGAUGAGCAAUUCUGUGUUCAUUUACUCUGUGAACAUGAAGAGGUAAUCAUCAGCAAAGAACUAGUAGCAGAUCUAGCAGGCUAACAGUAGAACUAGCAGUAGAACUUGCAGUAGAACUUGCAGGCUAGCAGUAGAACUAACAGAAUUAGCAGUAGACCUGCCAUAAAACUAGCAGUACAUCUAUCAGAACUAGCAGAAGAGCUGGUAGUAGAGCUAGUAGUAGAACUAGCAAUAGAACUAGCAGUAGAACUAGCACAUUAGAGUUAGCAGUAGAACAAGCAGAAUUAGUGCAGUAGAACUAGCAGAAGAACUAGCAGCAGAAAUGGAAAGAACUAGCAGCAGAGCUAGCAGCCGAGACAUUAGUAGAAAUAUCAGAAAUAGCACUAGAACUAGUGGAAAUAGCAGCAGAACUAGCUACAGAACUAGCAGCAAAGCCAGCAGUAGAACUAGCAGGGCUAGCAGUAGAAAUAGCAGUAGAAAAAGCAUAGAAGUAGCAGUAGAACAAGACAAUUACGAAUAACUAAUUGAAGGAAGAAUGUGGAUGAAUCAAUGAAAGUUAAAAAAAUAUGACAGAAAGAUACUUGUCACCUGCAUUCACAAAAAUAACAUUUAUUUAAAGUAAAAAAUAUUAAAUUAAAAAUAAUUUCAUGAAAAAAACUAACUUCACAGCUGAUAUUAAGUUCUUUAAUGAAAUUGUAUUAAUAAAUUUAAUAAAUGUUCUUACUUUAACAUUUAAAAAAAGAAUAUUAAUAUUUUCAAAAUAGAAAUGUACAACUUUUAUUACCACCCAAUUUUGAAACUAUUCCAACAAAACUUUGAAGAUAUUCCAACCAAACUUUGAAACUAUUCCAACCAAACUUUGAAACUAUUCCAACCAAACUAUGAAACUAUUCCUACCAAACUUUGAAAGUAUUCCAACAAAACUAUGAAAAUAUUCCAACCAAACUUUGUAACUAUUCCAACCAAACUAUGAAACUAUUCCAAGCAAACUUUGAAAGUAUUCCAACCAUACUAUGAAACUAUUCCAACCAAACUAUGAAACUAUUCUAACCAAACUAUGAAACUAUUCCAACAAAACUAUGAAUCUAUUCCAACCAAACUAUGAAACUAUUCCAACCAAACUAUGAAACUAUUCCAAACAAACUAUAAAACUAUUCCAACCAAACUAUGAAACUAUUCCAACCAAACUUUGAAACUAUUCCAACCAAACUUUGAAACUAUUCCAACCAAACUUAUGAAACUAUUCCAAAUAAAUUUUGAAACUAUUCCAACCAAACUAUGAAACUAUUCCAACCAAACUUCGAAACUAUUCCAACCAAACUAUGAAACUAUUCCAACCAAACUUUGAAACUAUUCCAACCAAACUUUGAAACUAUUCCAAACAAACUUUGAAACUAUUCCAACCAAACUUAUGAAACUAUUCCAACCAAACUUUGAAACUAUUCCAACCAAACUAUGAAACUAUUCCUACCAAACUUUGAAAGUAUUCCAACCAAACUUUGAAACUAUUCCAACCAAACUAUGAAACUAUUCCUACCAAACUUUGAAAGUAUUCCAACAAAACUAUGAAAAUAUUCCAACCAAACUUUGUAACUAUUCCAACCAAACUAUGAAACUAUUCCAAGCAAACUUUGAAAGUAUUCCAACCAAACUUUGAAACUACUCCAACCAAACUAUGAAACUAUUCCAACCAAACUUUGAAACUAUUCCAACCAAACUUUGAAACUAUUCCAAACAAACUUUGAAACUAUUCCAACCAAACUUUGAAACUAUUCCAACCAAACUAUGAAACUAUUCCUACCAAACUUUGAAAGUAUUCCAACCAAACUUUGAAACUAUUCCAACCAAACUAUGAAACUAUUCCUACCAAACUUUGAAAGUAUUCCAACAAAACUAUGAAAAUAUUCCAAGAAAACUUUGAAACUAUUCCAACCAACCUAUGAAACUAUUCCAACCAAACUUUGAAACUACUCCAACCAAACUCUGACACUAUUCCAACCAAACUUUGAAACUAUUCCUGUAUUUCAGGGCUGGCACAUGUCUGGUAAAGCCGUUCCUCUGAGUGAAAACUUUGGUCGUAACAUAGACCAGUAUGUCCCUUACAUCGCACGAAUUACAACCAUAGCUAAAUACAGCAAAAAGAUGGUUCUAAACUCUCAAGCUACUGAUGUUGGUCGUUCCUAUCUAAAAUGGUUGGAAGAGGUAUUCCCAUAAGAUGUACUUAUGAAUGGCCAAGAAUGAUACCAAAGUUGGUAAACCUGGUAGAUCUAGCCAAGUGUGAGAUGAGAUAUGGGGUUUGAGAUGGAGCUGAUUGUUUGAGAUGGUGCAGAUUGUUUGAGAUGGAUGCACAAUAUCAUAAAUUUAAAUAUCAUAAUUAAGUGUUACUUCAAAGAUUAAAAUCAUCUUUUUUAACCUUCACCAACAGCUGUUCAUAUAUGUUUCUGCCUUUCUCUUACUUUAAUUUUAAAAUGAUAAUUUUGUCUGUGAACCUGAAGAACCCAACAGUGAAGACAACAACAGACUUCUGUGAAAGUUAUGGGUCACUGAGACAAGUCAUCCGAGAUGUGGACCCUAAAUAUCACA